ACUACGUCACAGACCAUCAUAAGUGACGCCUUGCUUCCGUUAUUUCAACUCUACCUGGGGAUAACCGAGUCCGUUUUCGGUCUUCUAGGUUUGACGUUGAACAUCGUCACCAUAAUCGUGUUCAUUCGAUUGGGUCUCUCGGACUCGACCAACAUCUCGCUGACCGGUCUCGCCGUGGCGAACAUCGGGGUCUCGCUGACCAUGAUGGGCUAUGGCGCUUUGAACAAUCCCCUGGUGCUGAGGACCGUGUCCAACGUGGAAACUAUAGAAGCGGUCAGAUUGCUAUUAUUGGGGAUACCGAACGUGCUUUUCAGCCGGAUAGCCGGUCUGAUAACGGCUUUUAUAAGCCUGGAAAGGUUCCUGUGCGUCGCGUGGCCUCUCCACGUUAAAUCUCUUGUCACAAAACGAAGAACCAUCUCCGUCAUCUUCGGUGUUUACAUGUUCAUGGUGUCUAGUCACGUCCCGAUAUGGCUUGCGAAUCAGAUAGGUCAAAGGUUAAAUCCGCAGAUCAACGUGAUGGUUGUCGGAGUUAUCUCCUCCCAGAACGCGGAAGAGCUCCGAAACGUGACGAUCACCAUCACGGUCGCCGUGCAGAUGACGUCAUUCGCCGUCGUCGCCGUCUCGACCCUGUGCAUGAUCAACGCACUGCGCAGAAUCACCGAAUGGAGGAAGGUCGUCAUCAGUCAGGAGUCCAGGAAAGAAAAGCAACUGGUCAAGAUGGCCAUCUUGAUAUCGGCCGUUUUCAUCGUCUGCUCCUUCCCUUCCGUUCUGGCCAAUACCGUCAUGCCAUUCUUUAAGGAGUUCAGGGUACAGGGCCGCGAGAAGAAUUUUUUUAUGGUUUCCGGCGGAUUCUGUUUCACGUGUCAGCUGGUCAACGCCACGCUCAACACGUUUGUGUACCUGGCCAUGAGCUCACGUUUCAGAGACAAUGUUUAUGUCGUCUUUGUUUGUCAAACUAGAAAACGUUAA